ACUGUACCUGCGUAAUGUUAAACAUAAUGCUCGUCCUGGCACUUGAAGUCAUCACGCUGGCCUUUGAAGCAACGCUGAUUGAAUUAUCAACCACGAAGUUUACAUUUUGACUUCAUUAAUUAAAGAAAAUGAUGACAUGUGAACACAGGAAGUGAACAAACCUUUAAUGACAAAACGUAAAUAAAUCGGUAUUGUUGUAGGAGUCCUCCACGACAACUUACAAGAAUGAAAAUACGAUAUGGAUGCUCCGUACAUAGAUUGAGACGCUGGUGUUUCCUAUUUUCUGUGUCUCUGGUGGCAGUUUGCUUGCUCAAGCUGGUGUACAUCAAAGUGACGGUGAGGGACAGCAUCUACGUGGGCCUUUCGGGAGUUCACAGCCAGGGGUUGGACGUUAACUGCACUGCUAUCUACGAGCUUGACCCUGUGGAAAUAGGCAAAGCUCUGGAGAUGAAACACAAAGCCAUCAUUGACGUGGACGAUGAUAGCACCGUGAGUCUAACUUCGGACUGUCAAACCUUUAUCACAAGGAGGCGUUAUGACGACAUUCCGGUGUCAGGGGUCGAGCGCAACUUUCCACUGGCUUACUCCUUGGUGGUGCACCAAAACGCACCCAUGGUGGAAUGUAUUAUUCACGCCAUCUACGCGCCUCAAAACAUCUACUGUGUCCACUAUGACCAAAAGUCCUCUCCGGCGUUUAUUAAGGCCAUGAAGAACCUUGCUCGCUGUCUGCCUAACGUAUUUAUUGCCUCAAAACUGGAGUCAGUCCAAUACGCUCAUAUUAGUCGACUCAACGCGGAUCUCAACUGCCUCUCUGACCUGCUAAGGUCCCAGAUCAAAUGGGAGUAUGUGAUCAACCUCUGUGGUCAGGACUUUCCUCUCAAGUCCAACUACGAACUGGUGGUGGAGCUGAGGCGGCUGAACGGCCGUAACAUGCUGGAGUCCAGUGAACCCAGCGAGCUGAAGAAGCAGCGCUUCAGUUUUAAGCAUGAGCUGAAGAACGUGCCUUACGAGUACCACCGUAUUCCUGUGAAAACCACAAUGACAAAAGACAUGCCUCCUCAUGCCCUCGUGAUGUUCACCGGAAGUGCUUAUUUUGUGCUGUCGCGGAGUUUUGUCAACUACAUCAGCAGCAACCAAGUAGCCAAAGACUUUCUGGCCUGGUCAGCAGACACAUACUCUCCAGAUGAACACUUCUGGGCCACUCUUGUCAGGCUCCCAGGGGUGCCAGGACACAUUUCUAGAUCCCAACCAGACGUUACGGACUUGAAGAGUAAAACGCGACUUGUCAAAUGGAACUAUCUGGAAGGAAACGUGUAUCCACCUUGCACAGGUACGCACAAGCGGAGCGUUUGCAUCUACGGGGCUGCAGAACUCCGCUGGCUCCUCAAUUAUGGCCACUGGUUUGCCAACAAAUUUGACCCCAAAGUGGACCCCGUCUUGAUCAGGUGUUUGGAGGAGAAGUUGAUAGAAAAACGUUACGCAGCGCCUAAAUGAUAUGUGCCUUUAGAUUUUGGAAAAGGAGGGGGGAAAAUGAAUUGUUUUGCUAAUUAAUUUAUCUAAAAUAAAACUAAAGUUCCACAUGUAAUUAUUUAUUAUGUCACCCUUUUGCUCGUGACUAGGGGCGUCCCGAUACAACAAUCUAGUGCAGUGUUUCUUAACGUUGGACCCACUUUUGGGCCUCAAGUGUCCCCUAAAAAUAUGGGCAGCAGCGGUACUUAGUUGGAAUACACUUUUCCACCACUUGAGGCAGUAAUGACGAUAUCAAACAAACACAAGCAGAAAAACUAAAUAAUAACACAUUCAUAUUGAUCAGCGUCAUUAACUCAGGUGCACAAUACAUUAAAAAAAAACUUUAACCUACUAAACAAUAAUUAAUAAAAUAAUUUGUGCUGGGUUUUUUUCUUCUAAACAAAAUGAGGGAGUCAGGGUUAAUAGCCACAACGAGCAUGUUUAGUAGUGCACAGCCUUUCACAGUGGGGUUUGAAGCUAGAUACUGAUAAAGCAUGUUCCCCCGAGUCACACGGCAUUGCAUCACUCUGAGCCCACCUUUGCCCCCCGCCCUUUACUCUUACACAUAAAGAAUAUUGAUAGCAAUAAGUCUACAUUUUAGUGUUGAAAACAAAAAUGUACAUCUUUAACAAAUUACAGUAAUUGUGUACAAGAAUACCUAAACUUGUAUUUAUUCAAAGCUAUAUAGUAUGAACUAAUUUUACCAUAUAAUGUAGUUUAAAACACCCAAUAAAGUAAUAUAUGAUAUUAUU